UGGCAGUUGGGAAGAGGUAGUUAGCGGGGCGCCGCCCCAGACGCCCGACGCCAGCGAGGCUUGAAGAUGGUGUCCCGGCUCGAGAGGCAUGUGGCGGAUGGGGCAUGGAUGGGAUGUGGUGGUGAGUAGCUCUUGAUGAGCGACGACUAACAGCAUACAGCACACAGCUCUUCUCUUCUCUCGCAGACGGGACGUGCAUAUUGGGGGAGGGGAAGCAGCCCAUCAGAUCAAGGUUUACCAUCCACCAGCUUUCUUGUCUUGAUGCCAGUCCGUAUGCAGCCUGGGAAACACGGCACGAUGCCGGAGCUUGACACCCACUCCUCCCCUCCCUCAACCCUCCCAGGGCUUUGCUUGCUUGCUUGCUUUCGAGGCCGCCAUUGCCGGGACGCCGGGUGGUAUCCCUCGGGCGUCACCAUAAGUUAAGACCUUUCGAAAUCCCUCAUCAUCGCCCUUGAUCCCUUCACAAUCCCCCCCUGCCACUGCCCAUCCAUCAUCCAUCGUCAACAUCAACCUCGACCUCCACUCUCGACAUUCACAUACAAGCCGGGCGGCAUCCAAGGCUCGCGCGCCGUGUUCCAGUACGACCCGGCCCCUGUAUCUGCAGCGGAUCGCUCGCUCGCACACACGGAUCCUUCCCGGCGGCUGCGGGAGAGACUUGCGCCCAAGGGCCUGAACAGCAACGGGGAUUGACCGCAUCGUCGACUGGUCCUCCCUUUUUAUCUCGACGCGCCCGGCUGCUCCGAACAAUCCGUCGCCCUCCUCUCGCGCGCAAACCCCAAAGCUCGUACACGCUCCAACGGCGCUAGAAGCAGCAGCAGCAGCAGCAACGAUGCCUGCCAUUGACACUGCCCUCGCCGGGCCGCAGACCCUCCACCUCCUCACGAAACGGAAUUGGGCCUCCCAAGAAGCCGGCGUUAUUGUCGUGUUUUGCAUCGUCUUUGUCGUCGCCGUCGGCCUCAUUUCGCUCUGGAUUCACAAGUUUUUGAAGAAGCGCAAAGCGGCCAAGCCAAACUACUGAUUGUCAUUGAGGCGGCGUGGAUGAUGAUGCACCAUCCUGGUCGAAUGUCGCUGGCUCGACCCGACACGCCCGCAACUGUCUAGCGACAGACACCCUUCUUCUAUAGCUUCUGCUCACUGCGUGUUUCCCCCCCAUCUACUACCAAGUUACUACUAUCUACGCCUCAUCUAUUUUGAGCUUCUAAUAAAUGGCGUGUCCUUCCUUUUCCCACCCCGUCAGCGACGCUCAUCAGUCCAGCCCAUGGCCGCCCACCUCCCAAGCCGCCGCCGCGAG